AUGUCAAAAAAUAUUCCAACUGAAUAUGUACGUCUUCUUCGACAAUUUGUCACAUUAUGUGAUGCUCAACCUGAGAUGCUUCAAGCACCUGAACUUGGAUUCUUUCGGGAAUGGCUUGCUAAAUUAGGAGCAACAGUUCCAAAGGACAGAAGUCGUCAUACUUCCGAAACAAAAUCGGAAGAAAAAGACACGCCUAGCGAUGAUAAUGAAACACCUUCUGAAUCCAAAAUUCAUGAAGAAACAGCGAAAGUUGAAAGUGAUCCAGAGAGUGAAUUGGAAUUGGAUAUGACGGGUGUAAUCGAAGGCGACAAGGAUGAGCCACAACCAAUGGGUGAUCCAAAUAUUGAAGUGACCGAUGCUAUGUCAGAACAAGCCGAUGCCAAACGAGGUGAAGCACAAGCUAAACUUUCUGAAGGUGCAUUUGAAGAGGCGAUUUCAUUGUUUACACAAGCCAUUGAAAAUAAUCCACAAUCAGCUAUUCUUCAUGCGAAACGUGCCCAAUGUUAUAUUAAGCUUCAAAAGCCAAAUGCAGCUAUACGUGACUGUAACCGUGCUUUAGAACUCAAUGAAAACUCGCAACAAGCACUCAAAUGGAGAGGAAAAGCUCAUCGUAUGUUGGGCGAUUGGGACGAAGCUUACAAAGAUUUUUGUAAAGCACAAUUGUCUGAUUUUGACGAAGAUGUUCAAACAUGGUGUAAAGAGGUCCAAGUGAAUGCUAAAAAAGUUGCUGAACAUAAACGCAAAUAUGAACGUCUUCGAGAAGUAAAGGAAAUUGAUGCUAAACGAGAGCGUGUUCGUAAAGCACAAGAAGCUUAUGCGAAGGCACAACAAGAAGAAAAUGAACGACGGGCACGAGAACAACAGACACGCUCUGCUGGAGGUCAACAAUUUCCAGGAUUUCCAGGUGGUAUGGGAGGAAUGGGUGGCAUGGGAGGAAUGGGUGGUAUGGGUGGCAUGGGUGGUAUGGGAGGAAUGGGCGGUAUGGGUGGAGCUGAUUUGGGAGAUUUAGGAGGUUUAGGGGCUGUUAUGAAUGAUCCAGAAAUAUUGGAAGCACUACAAGAUCCAGAUGUACAGAAGGCCUUCUCAGAAGUUAGCGCUGAUCCGUCAAAAUUAGCUGCUCAUCAAAGCAAUCCAAAGGUGCGUAAAGUCAUGGAAAAACUGGCUAGCAAAUUUGGCGGUGCCGGUGGGCCUAUGGGUGGUGGUUUUCCCAAUUUUCCAGGUGGAAUGGGUGGCGGAGCUAGUGCAUCAGAUACCAAUGAUCUCGACUAA